GGGGAGGGUAGUUGCAUGGGGCAGGAAAGCAUGGAGCGGGACCCAUGCGGCAGCAAUAAAUAAUGGGACACGUAAGAAAGAAAGCAGAGAGGGGAAAGUUGGAGGUCUGAAACGUAGAGAAGCGGCCGACCCUUGGCCUACGCAAAGAAUUGAAGAGGCCGGAGAACCAAGUAGCCCAACCUCCGACGCCUCCCUCCCUCCCUCCGUGUUGCUGCGCUAGAGAGAGAUAAAUUGAUUGGUUCGAUCAUGUCUUUUUUUGUUUGUUUGUAGUUGAAUUGUAAGUUGGUGUUUGUUUGGUUUUAUUUUGCUUAUUAUCGAUCAAGAUUAGGCCGGCCGGCCUCCACCCACCCACCCUCAUCUCUGUAAUUUCUCUUGCUUCAAUCAUCAGCACUAACUAACUGGCUAGCUGUUGAAUCCUUCCUUGGCCUGGGCCUGGCUAGCUUCUUUUCGAUCCCCACAAUAUAUAUAAUGGUACGUAUGUAAGUAAUGAUAGAUGAUGAUGAUGAAGUUAGUUGCGCGCAUGCAAUAAGCUAAGCAUUUAUUUCUUCUGCGUGCCGGCCGGCCGGCCGGCCGGCCUCUCGCGUCGUCAUCUGAUCUAUCUAUGUAUAUAUAAUAAUAAUAAUAAUGUAUAUGCAGCAGCCGGCCCCUCUGUGGCUCGAGCCGCUGCUAAACACCGCGUUCUUCGCCGCCUGCAGGACCCACGGUGACGGAGCGAGGAGCGAAUGCAACAUGUUCUGCAUUGACUGCGCCGCCGCCGCCUUCUGCUUCUACUGCCGCUCCUCCCGCCACAAAGAUCAUCAAGUCAUUCAGAUAAGGAGAUCUUCGUACCAUGAUGUGGUGAGGGUGGGGGAGAUAGAGAGGGUGUUGGACAUCAGUGGGGUGCAGACGUAUGUGAUUAACAGCGCCAAGGUCAUGUUCCUCAACCAGCGCCCCCAGCCUAAGACCAGUACCGGCAAACCCGCCGCCGUUUCUAACCUCUGCGAGAUCUGCGGCAGAAGCCUUUUGGACACUUUUCGUUUUUGUUCUCUCGGCUGUAAGCUUGUAGGAAUCAAGAGGAAUGGGAAUGGAAGUCUUAUGUUAGACGCGAUGAAUGAGGUUGCAAUGCAAAGAGCCGGUGAAGGGAUUUCUUCAAGAAGAGGGGAACACGAGUUGUGUGAGGCCUCCUCACAAAACGACAUGUUUCUGGUAACACCGCCUUCGAAUGCAAGGAGAAGGAAAGGCAUUCCGCGCAGAUCCCCCUUUUUAUCCUAAGUUUGUUCAUUCAUAUCAUCGCUUCUGUACUUGACGCUUUCCAUUCUUUAUAUGAAAUAAAUCAGUGUCAUAUUAUACGGACUAUUUCUAAAGCGGC